AUGAAACAGAUAAAAAGACUGGAAGAAGGAAUAAUUGUUUCUAGUCCUCUUGGAGUAAAUUUCUGCUGUUUAGUAGUGUUGGUGCUACUGCUGGGACCUGUAAAUCUUUUAGCUUUUACUGUAACAGCGGCGGGGAAUUCAGAGAAAGUAAAUGUAUCUGAACCUUUCUCACCCUUGCAUGUCGCCAUUGUAUCUAUUCCUCUUCAUGGUCAUUUUAAACCACUACAAAUAAUUGGAGAAGAAUUUACCAGACGUGGACACCGCGUUACAUACUUUAUCGAAAACCAAAAUUGGUGCAAAAAGUUGGUCCAGAUAAAAGAUAUGGUAAAAUGUAUUGUACUUCCAUCAUAUAAUGUAUUUUCAGAAAAUUUCUUUCGAAACCUCAGUCAACUUGAUAAUACUCUGGCAUCCCUUCCAGAACUUUUUGUUGAAAUAUCUCGACACCAUGAGCUACAUCUGGGUGACUAUCUCACUGCAGUGAAAGAAGUACAUGCAGCACACCCACUUAGUAUGAUAAUAAGUGAUGUAAGUACAUUUGUCGGUGGUUCUGUGGCAACUGCACUGAGUAUUCCAUCAGUUACUUUUUUACCGCUAACAACUAUGAUACCUUUAGGUGUUUCUAGUCAAAUCCCUAUAAUGGGAACUGGUUGGCCGGCAAGGAUGAAUGAAUGGCAGCGAAUGGCCAAUUUUGGGAUUAAAGCCCUUCUGGCGAUAGUUCCAGAUAAAUUAGAUAGCGUAAACACUGUCCGGUCAUUGUAUGGUAUUAAACCAAUUAAAGACGGUUUUGAACUGGGUGGGUGGUAUGAUACAAUUAUGGCUCCUACACUUUGGGGAUUUGAUAUCCCACAUGAAGUGUGUCCUAACUUUCAUCCACUGGGUUUACUUUCUUUUCAUGAGGCUCGUACAUCUCCAAUGGAAAAAGAACUCGCUGUAUUUCUUGAUAAAUGCCAAGUAGGAAGUAUUUAUGUUAAUUUUGGUACCUUGGUGGAACUUUCACCUUUUCUGGGUGAGCGUAUUGUAAAAGCCCUUCGUCAACUUCCAUAUUGUAUAGUUUGGAAGCUUAAAGAUAGUGAAAAACAGAGUAUUUUAAAAUAUUUAGGUGAAAUUAAGGAAAGGUCAUUUUUUAGUCAUUUUUUUAUUUCCCCUUUCAAUAUUAUGCGUCAUAAGAAUACGGUGACAUUUCUUUCACACUGUGGUGACGCCUCCAUUCAUGAAGCAAUAGAUGCAAAGUUACCUAUUGUAGGUAUCCCUUUUUUUGCAGAUCAAGUUGAUGUUUGUCAACGUGUUGAAGAGUCAAAGAUUGGAAAAUGUCUUGGGGAAAAAAAUAGUUUUACAUCAGAAAGUUUGGCAAAAACUAUACGUCACGUGGUGGUAAAUUUGCACCAAAUGCGAAAUAAUAUGGAAUACCUUCUUCGAAUCUCAAAAUUUCUUGGAGGCGCAGAAAGGGCUGUUGAUAUUCUUGAAUCUCGUCAGCGUAACCACCUCCUUGGAAGGAAUGAAACACUAGAAAGGUGUGUUAUAUUUAACGAGGAAUUAGAAACAAAAUUGCAACCAUUAUUUAUACGUGUUGCUCAACUUGAUGUUUUUCUGGUAUGGUUUAUCGUUUUUUUGCCAUUAUGGUUUCCCAUAUUUAUCUGCGCUGAGAAAGUUAUUCUCUGUAUCAAGAUGAUCUUGUGCGGAAGAGUCGCCCACACCAAAUUCAGGCCAAGGCGAUUCAUGGCUAAAAGUAGAAGCCUUCAGCUUGAAGUGAACUAA